AUGAAGGCUUCUGAGAUGCUUGCUGUACUGUUUGUUUUGUUGUGUUCAAGGAGAUAUGCAACUCUUGCAGAUCACGUUUUGGCGGACUCUCCCCCGGAAAAUAAUGAAGGUGUACAGUGCAGCUGUGAGAACCAACAUGCUUGCAUAAACAGCACCUGCUUGGGCCGUAUUUGCUUCUACACUUCUGUCCAUGAGCGGGUAGUCAGGGGCUGUUUUUCCUCCGGCGAGCAAUGCCAUGUGCCUGAUAUGCCUAAAGUGUAUACCAAGUGCUGCUCCACUCAUCUCUGCAAUGCAAACCUCAGUGUGCCUGAAAAAAACGAUGAAAACUCCACCAGAGUGAUUCUGCUGGUGGGAGUGCCGUUGUUGGUUCUGCUGGUGUUGUCUAUGGUAGCCUGUGGGCUCGUGUUGUGGCUUCGUUCAAGGCGACAGCACCACCAGCUGGUGGAAAACGACACUUCCAUGCUCAAAGUCCCCAGUGGAGGGGACCCAACAUAUGGGGAUAUCUUUGAUGAGUUUUGCACGUCGGGCAGUGGGACCGGCCUGCCUUAUCUGGUGCAGAGGACCAUGGCUCGACAGAUCUCUCUGGCUGAAUGUGUUGGUAAAGGGCGUUAUGGAGAGGUAUGGAGAGGCACCUGGAUGGGAGAGAGUGUUGCUGUCAAGAUUUUCUCCUCUCGUGAUGAACAGUCCUGGUUUAGAGAGACUGAAAUCUACAACACGGUCCAACUAAGGCAUGAAAACAUCUUGUGCUUCAUAGCUUCAGACAUGACGUCUAAAAACUCGAGCACUCAGCUGUGGCUGGUCACACACUUCCAUGAGUUGGGUUCCCUCUAUGACUUCCUGCAGUACAGCACACUGGACCCCGAGAGCUGUCUGCGCAUGUGCCUGUCCAUUGCCAGCGGCCUCGUGCACCUCCACACCGAGAUCCUCAGUACACAGGGCAAACCGGCCAUUGCACACCGAGACCUGAAGAGCCGCAACAUUCUGAUGAAGAGAAAUGGCCAGUGCUGCAUCGCAGACCUAGGCCUGGCUGUCAUUCACUCUCAGUCUAAUGAUUAUCUGGAUGUGGGCAACAACCCCAGAGUGGGCACCAAGCGUUAUAUGGCACCGGAGGUCUUGGAUGAGAGUAUUCGUGUUGAUGUUUUUGAGUCCUAUAAACAAACUGACAUCUGGGCCCUGGGUCUCGUCCUGUGGGAGAUAGCUCGUCGAACUAUUGUAAAUGGAAUUGUGGAGGAGUACAGACCGCCGUUCUUUGACGUGGUGCCCUCUGAUCCAAGUUUCGAGGAGAUGAAGAAAGUGGUGUGUGUUGACCAGCACAGGCCCAGUCUCCACAAUCGACUACACUCUCAUCCGAUCCUGUCUGCAACUGCGAAGAUUAUGAAAGAGUGCUGGUUCCAAAGCCCUUCAGCUCGACUCACUGCUCUGCGUGUGCGAAAGAGCCUCUCCAAACUGGACCAGGACCAUGACUAUGACAUAGACAAGCUCAAACUGGACCUCUAGAAGAAACCCCCUGCCGUGCAUUUCCAAGGAAGUUAAAUUCUAACGGCCCCACAUGAUAUAUUCAUCCAUAUAAAUACUUUCAGACUCUUUUAAAGGGCUUUUCAAGUUUCUUGUCUUAAGGCUCCACUGAACAUGGUUUAUCUUAUGUUAUUGGUUGACUGUGGGAAGUCAAGGCCAUAAAUAACAAAUAUAUCCACACGACUGCUCUUCUAGGGCCUGCAUAUUUCAACACAGUGACUCAUUUAUUACUGAAAUUAAAACAAGGUUGAUAAACCCGCAUAAAAUCUUUAAAGUGUAGUGAGAUUCAGUAGCAUGUGGGUCAUUCUGGACUUCCUCACUGCAGUGUUUCCUGAAAUUCUUAACUUCCUAAACAUGACUGUAACCUAGAAAGGUUGGCACAUGCUUUAGACUGUUUGGUGCACUUAAUAUUAUGAAUUUUGUUUUUAUUUGAUUUUAUUUUUAGCUGUUUUUUUGGUUCUAUGAAAGACUUUGAAAUGGACAACUUUUUAAGAACAAGAACUGCAUUACAACUUGCACCAAGUAAUUAUUAAAGCAGAGGACAUAUUAGUAUAGUGCACUUUUAUAAAUUGUUAAUAUUUUUUACAAGAUCAAAAUUACAAUCAUAUUAGUCUAGCUGUAAUAUAUCUUUCGUUAUAAUGCACAAUAUAUUUGCUUUUUCAAAAAUAA